AUGGCUGUUUACUAUUUUAGGUUCUUUACUCUUUAUCGUGGACGUGCAAUGCUCGUGAUAUUACUAGGAAGCAUCAUCUUGGGUAACAACGAGCAUUCAUCUCUGCUGGCUGCCGGCAUCUUGAAUCUAGUGUUCGGAUUGCUAUAUCUUGUUCUAUCAUUCAUACCUCAGACGCCUAUUCCUCGACCUGUAUAUGACAAUUGGCAAAAUUGGAAGGAAUACUCUGCCGAAGGAUUGGAUUUAGAACGUCCAACAGACGACAGCAAUAUGAUGGAUAGUGCUACUAGGUUAAAGAUGUCCAUGCUGGAAAAACCUCAGCAGAGCAAGAUCAAUCCGGUUUAA